AUUAUUUCAAUAUGAAAGCUUAUGAAGAAAGAUUAGUCGGUCCAGCUGAUAAAUUUAGAAGAUUCUUGGAUAAAACUCCAAACUUGACAAACAUUGUUGUCAUUUGUAUGAUUUCAUGUGUUUCAGGUUUAAUGUUUGGUUUUGAUAUUUCAUCAAUUUCUGCAUUUAUUAGUGAAGAUUAUUAUAAAAAUUAUUUCCAUGAACCUGAUUCAACUUUACAAGGUUUUAUCACCGCUGCGAUGUCUUUAGGUUCCUUUUUCGGUUCUUUAGCUUCAAGUUUUAUUUCUGAACCUCUUGGUAGAAGAGCUUCUUUAUUAACUUGUGCCUUUUUUUGGUGUGUUGGUGCUGCUAUUCAAUCUUCUUCACAAAAUGUCGUUCAGUUAAUCUUGGGUAGAAUCAUUGGUGGUAUUGGUGUUGGUUUUGGUUCAAGUGUUGCUCCAAUUUAUGGUUCCGAAUUGGCACCACGUCGUAUUAGAGGUUUUAUUGGUGGAUUAUUCCAAUUUUCUGUUACUUUGGGUAUUUUGAUUAUGUUUUAUAUUUCUUUUGGUUUACAUUACAUUAAAGGUGUUGGUUCUUUUAGAAUUGCUUGGGGUUUACAAAUUAUUCCAGGUUUAGUUUUAUUUAUCGGUUGUUUUUUCAUUCCUGAAUCUCCAAGAUGGUUGGCUAAAAAUGGUUAUUGGGAUGAAGCUGAAGAAAUUGUUGCUUCAAUUCAAGCUAAAGGAAACCGUGAAGAUCCUGACGUUCAAAUUGAAAUUUCUGAAAUUAAAGAACAAUUAUUGAUUGAUGAACAUGUCAAAAAUUUCACUUAUGCUGACCUUUUCAAAAAGAAAUAUAUCAAUAGAACUUUUACUGCAAUCUUUGCACAGAUAUGGCAGCAACUGACGGGUAUGAACGUCAUGAUGUAUUAUAUCACGUACAUUUUUGAAAUGGCUGGUUAUUCUGGUAAUACUAAUUUAGUUGCUUCAUCAAUUCAAUAUGUUUUGAAUACUGUCACCACUAUUCCGGCCUUAUAUUUCUUAGACAAAUUGGGAAGAAGACCCGUUUUAUUGUUUGGGGCAGCAGCAAUGAUGGCUUGGCAAUUUGCAGUUGCAGGUUUAUUAGCUACUUAUUCUGUUCCAAUUUCUGAUUAUAAUGGUUCUGAUACUGUUAGAAUUAGAAUUCCGGAAUCUAACAAAUCCGCAGCUAAAGGUGUUAUUGCUUGUUGUUAUCUAUUUGUUUGUUCAUUUGCAACUUCAUGGGGUGUUGGUAUUUGGUUGUAUGUUUCUGAAAUUUGGGGUGAUCCAAUUUGUCGUCAAAGAGGUGCAAGUUUAGCUACUGCUGCUAAUUGGAUUUUCAAUUUUGCAAUUGCUAUGUUUACUCCAUCAUCUUUUAAAAAUAUCACUUGGAAAACUUAUUGUAUCUAUGCAACAUUUUGUGCUUGUAUGUUUAUUCAUGUUUAUUUUGGAUUCCCAGAAACUAAAGGUAAAAGAUUGGAGGAAAUUGCUCAAAUUUGGGAUGAAGGUGUUCCAGCAUGGAAAUCAAAGAAUUGGCAACCAAGAGUUCCUUUAUUAUCUGAUAAACAAUUGAAUGAAAAAUUGACUGUCCAACAUAAUGAAGGUGGAUUAACUCAAUCAAAUGAAUCACCUGCUCUAAGUGAUAAAGAACAAGUUGAACAUGUUCCAAGUACAUCUCAACAAGAAUCUGUUUGAAUUAUUUUUUGAAUAUUAUUUAUUAUUAUUAUGACUAUUAGUAUUAUUAUUAUUGAAUCUUUUUCAAUUGGC